ACACCCAUAUGGUUCAUUGUCCUUUGAUGCCUGGUUUGCAGCCUCCAAGCCUGCCGAUGAAGCACCAAGUGCUGAUGAGGCAAUGGUGGCCGAAGCCAAAGGAUCCAACGGAGCCAACGGAUCCAACAGAUCCAACGGAUCCCAGGGUGCGAAGUGGCACGAGGCAUCGGCCAGGCUUCUGUCAAGGACCCGGCCUGCGUCAGAACGCCUCUACUGCAGGGCUAUCAGCGGCUGUGGAAGGAAUCAGCAUUGGGAAGCAGCUUUGGCACAUUUUUCAGACUUUCAGGAAAAUGGCUUCCAAAUCAAUCGCAUCAUUUACAGCGCCGGCAUCAGUGCCUGCGCCUUGGGAACCCAGUGGCAGCGCAGUUUGGCGCUGCUGUCGCAGCUUACUGCGGAGGGAGGGCAGCCAGAUGUCGUCAGCUACAACGCGGUCGUGAGCGCGAGCCACGCCGCGAGCAAAUGGCAAUCCGCCUUGGCGGCUUUAAGGGAAUUGAAGUCCUUGGACUUGGAAGCCAACGUGGUGACAUAUAGUGCUGCCUUGAGUGCCUGCGGAAAAGGGCAGCAGUGGCUCUUGGCCAUGCAGCUUCUCGAGGAGAUGUCCGAGGAGAAACUGCUUCCGAACGUCAUCACCUACAGCUCGGCGAUUGCAGCCUGCGAGAAAUGUGCGCAGUGGCGGACCGCCUUAGCGUUGCUGACGGCGAUUUUGGUGUCUCACCUGAAAGCGAAUCUCAUUUCCUUCAAUUCUGCCAUCAGCGCCUGUGAAAAAGCAGGACGUUGGCAGGAGGUACUGUGCUUACUGCAGGCCCUUUCAGGCCAAGACCUGCGACCCGAUGAGGUGAGCUACAAUGCCAUGCUGAGCGCCUUCGAGAAGGGUGGUCAAUGGCAGCGAGCCCUUGAAAGUUUGCGCCAAGCUCCAGGAGAUUCCUUUGAGAUCAGCAUCAUCUCAUACAGCGCAACCAUCAGCGCCUGUGAAAAGUCGGGCCAGUGGCAAGUUGCAUUGCAGCUGCUCGAGGAGCUCCAGAGCGAGAACUUUCGUGGAGAUGUCAUCGUGUACAGCGCUGCAUCGCGGUGA